AUGUCCGAAGAAAAGAAGAGCAAGCUCCAGGAAAGUGGAUUGAUUGAGUGGCCAGUCUUCUCCGAGCUUAUUGCAAUGGAUGAGGAUGAGGAAGGAUUCUCCAAGUCUUUGUUUCAAACAUUCGUCGACCAAUUCGUUGAAACGUGUCAUGAUCUCGAAUUGAACUUAAAAGAACAAAACUUGGACAAACUAUCUGGACUAGGACACUAUUUAAAAGGUUCAGCAGCUGCAUUGGGACUCGAAAAAAUCUCUAACGAAUGUGAACGUAUUCAGAAUUACGGUAAAAAAAUCAACUUUGACAACUUCAAGUUGGAAGACAGCAGUUUGGGAGAAGACGACGAUGAAUUUUGGAUCAAGCUAAUUGGAGAUGCAUUACAAAAGGCCAGAGACAAUUUUGAUCAGGCAAAGAAAGCUCUUAAUGACUACUUUGACGAUGAGCUCUGA